AGGGUGACACUGCACGGCCUGGAGAGCAAACAACAGCUCCUGGGACAUGCCUUUGACCAAGGUUCUCCUCUGGCCGUGCCGCUCGUGGCCGGAGUCCCUCUAUAAAACCUCUGCCCUCAGACACCUCGGACACGCUUUUGUCCCUUGUGUGCCAAGAUCCCCCCCGGCCUCCAGCCAUGAGGGUGCUCUGCGUGGUCUUUGCUGUGCUCCUGCUGUUCUCCCUGGCCACCCCAGGGCACGGGCAGCCCAAGGGUUUUUGUGACGGGUACUGCUCCCACGCGUGCGGCGAAACCGAGGAGUGGUCCUUCAGCCCCUACUGUGAGGAUCUGCACUGCUGCAUCCCCUCUCCCAAAAAGGGGAAAUGAGCCUGCAGGAGCACAGCCCCCGAGCAAGAGCAGCGCUCUCCAGGCUGUGCUCAGUGCUUUGAAGUAAAGAUGG